AUGUACUCGGAAAACGAUGAGGAUUUCGGAUCCAAUGAAGCAUAUAAACUCGAUGAAUGGGUUUUUAAUCACGUUGAGGACUUCUUCAAUCAGGCGAGAAAUGACUCCGAGUUAGAGCAACGUCUUAUGGCUGACAAGCAGGUGUUUUUCCUCCAUCUUUUAGGCCUCGAUACCAACGGUCAUGGGAAUAAGCCACAUUCUAAGGAGUAUCUAGAUAAUAUUGAAGUGGUCGAUCGCGGGAUAGAACGCACGCAGAAGACUAUUAACGAGUUUUUCAACGACACAUCCACUGCAUUUGUGAUGACGGCUGAUCACGGAAUGACGGAUUGGGGUUCGCAUGGAGCAGGAAGCGACGAAGGAGGUACUGACCCCGUUUAUCGCAUGGGGAGCUGGAGUGCAGAAAGGAGGCGUGACGAGUACCAUUUCUCAGAUCUCACACCGUUGCUUGCAUCACUGAUUGGGGUAGCUGUGCCUGUGAAUUCAAUGGGUGUUCUUCCUACACAAAUCCUUGACGUAUCGCCAAAUUAUCUCUUCAAAAGCAGUUUCGCCAAUUUUCUGCAGGCAAGACUCAAAGAGCAGUUCUUGGUGCUGAGAGAGGAGAAAGCGAAACGUCUUUGGUUCCAAGAUUUCGACACAUUUGGCCUUGAAAGCGUUGCUAUGCUUGGAAUCAGAAAGAAUGAAUGCUCAGCAAAGUUACGCCGAUUCGCUAGCUGCUGGCUUCGUUGUUGUGAGAAAAGGCGGAUGUACAUAAAGAAAGCGAUAUUUCACUACCACCGUUAUGAUCGGGCAUUCCUCGGAGCAGCGAUCAGUUGCUGUUUCAUGGCAUGGAUAGCGCUUGUGUGGUGUUAUCUCACGAGAGAUCGCUCGGUACCUAUAUUCACGCGAAAAACAUUGGUUCCAAAUAGGAUAUUUUCUGGUCUACUCGUCUGUUUGGCAGUUUUCUGCCUUUACUGCAGGCUUCCACUAAUGAACUGGUUCUACUUGUUACUACCGCUUUUCCUCGUUUCUGUCAUUGAGAAUGUUCUCAAUGUGACACUAAAUGUCUACUCGUUUAUUGGUUACUGUAUUACUAAUUACUCCACGGUUUCUUUUACAUUUAUGCUUCAACCCUUCCUUGGACUCAUUGCAACAAGUAUUCUUCUUUUCAUUUACGUUAUCAUAUUCAUAGAGCGUAGGUUUUUGGCGGCAUUGUUCGUGCUGUUGACGUUCGUGCCGAACUUGUAUAGCUCAAAAGUAGCUGAGGAGUGGAAGAGGAUCUGGCAACUGAUGUGUGUGGUUCUUCUGCCGUUUCCGUUCCUUCCUAAUGUUGGAAAAUCCGAAAUCCCGCUCUUGUGCGUUGGUGCGUCCCUGCUUCUAGCUAUAAUACUACGAAAAUUAUCUCGGCACCCGUUACUGGAAAAGAAAACUAAUGACUUAUACAAGUUAUCAGUGAUGUUAGUCACAACAGCACUAUUGAUUGUGGUCUCGUCCUAUUUAUUCCAAAAGGUGGGGAUUUUUACUCCAUCUGUUCGUUUUCUGUGUCCUUCGAUAUCGUUCAGCCAUCUGUCAGACGCUGAAUUUCUUCAGCUUCCAGCUGAUCAGUCUGUAGAUGCAGGCUGCUCGUCGCGAUCCAGUCGAGUCACAGGCGCUGAACUAAGAAGAGCGGUGAUUUGUGUCAGCUUCGUAUUGGCUACGAUGUUUGGAACUGGAAACUUUGCUUCAAUGAAUUCAUUUAAUCCGUCAACUCUCAGUCGUUUUAUUUCAGUUUUUAGCCCAUUCACAAUGGCAACGUUAUUGGUGUUAAAAAUAUUCAUACCGUUGUUGAUGAUAUCGCUAUUGUUCGCAGCGGUUCUACGGUUUAAUCACGAGGCUAUACAACGGCUUUCAUGUUUGGUGCUCAUUAUUACAGAUCUCAUGGCUAUGUGCUUUUUUCAUCAACUCAAGGAUGAUGGCAGCUGGUUGGAUAUAGGUUUAAGUAUAUCUCAAUAUUUAAUAUCAAUGUGUAUGUCCGUUGCUCUCUUACUAUUACUACUAUGUGCCAGUACUUUAAUGACUACCACAUUGUCUCGGAAUAAUAUCGAGCAAAUUAAAAACGUGUUAAAAGGCGAACAAAAUGAUUGCCUUCUUUGA